CCCCUAAUGAAGUAGGACCCAACGGAGAGUAGAUUUGAAAAGUAUAAUUAUUAUUUUUUGCAAGAAUUAAAGAAAGAGAAGAGGAGCAUGGAGACCGAAGUUUCAGCAUUUGAGAGCAGCGAGAUGGUAUCGUGUUUGCUAGCAUCGACACCCUUGUUAACGGAGUCAUGGAGACUCUGCGAUUUGGCCUCCGCCUCUAGUUUUGUAGCUGAACUCGUCGGAAGUACUGGGUAUGCCGCCUUUUUUGCUGCCCAAUUGGAGGAGAGCUGUGCCCAUCUGGAGCCUCUGCCUCGCGGCCUUUUCUUUCCGUUGCAUCACCAAACUGAUCAGGAUGAAGCAGAGGAGCCUCUCAUGGUCCAUUCUGGCUUCUUGCGUCUUUUCCUUUCUAUCUAUUCCACUCCAACAUUUCAAAACCAGAUGUUAUCAAUCAUGCAGAAAAGCAAGUGUGUUGUUAUAACAGGCUACUCUACAGGAGCAACACUGGCUUCUCUUUGUGCUCUCUGGCUCCUCUCUUACCUCCAAUCCAUUUCUUCUACCCUCUCCGUUUUAUGCAUCACUUUUGGUUCUCCAUUGCUAGCCAAUCGCUCUCUUUCUCGGGCCAUUCUCCGCCAAAGAUGGGCUGGAAACUUUUGUCAUGUCGUAUCCAAACACGACAUCGUCCCCAGGCUACUAUUCGCUCCUCAACUACACUCCUUUCGAUCACUUGCUGCCGAUUUACCUAAUCAAACUAAAGCUGAAAUUUUGCACAUUGUAUUGGCUUCACUUGACCAACACUCGGAAACAUCUUGUUGCUUUUGGCCGUUUGGAAACUACCUUUUCUGCUCUGAAGAUGGAGGUAUAUGUAUCGAGAAUGUAACGUGUGUUAUCAAGAUGAUGCAUUUGUUGCUUUCCACCAGUUCGCCCACCUCUUGCAUACAAGAUCAUCUCAAUUAUGGAUACUAUAUCGGGAAACUCUCUUUCCAGUUCUUGAGCAAGAGAAGUUUCCAGCCUGCUGGUGUGCUUCCUGAUUCAAGCUAUGACGCAGGUGUAGCCCUUGCUUUACAGUCCUCUGGAAUAGCAUGCCAGGAGCCUGUUGCGCGACCAGCUGAAGAUUGCCUAAAAUUGGCUAGGCCAAUGGGACGUACACCGAACCUCAACUGUGCUAAUUUGGCUAUUAAACUGUCUGAAAUAACACCCUAUAGAGCAGAAAUAGAGUGGUAUAAAGCAUCUUGUGAUCUCUCUGAUGAUCAAAUGGGGUACUAUGACUCGUUCAAGCAAAGGGGAGCCUCCAAGCGGGACUACAAAGUCAACAUGAAUCGGCAUAAGCUGGCGCAGUUCUGGGACUGCGUAAUCAGGAUGUUAGAGAACAAUCAGCUCCCUCAUGAUUUUCAGAUGCGAGCAAAGUGGGUGAAUGCAGCCCAGUUCUAUAAGCUCCUGGUAGAGCCAUUAGAUAUUGCAGAGUAUUAUAGAACAGGUAUGCACCGAACCAAAGGCCAUUAUAUUGGGAAUGGAAGAGAGAAGAGGUACCGGAUUUUUGAUAGGUGGUGGAAAACAAGAGGGGUUCAAGAGGAAGAGCAGAAUAGAAGGAGCAAGUAUGCAAGUUUGACGCAAGAUACCUGUUUUUGGGCGAGCGUAGAAGAAGCUAGAGAGUGGCUAGAUAGAGUGAGAAGUGAGAAUGAUCCGACAAAUCUGGCGCUGCUAUGGGAAAGUAUUGAAAGAUUCGAGAGAUACGGUAGAGAAUUAGUGGAAAGAAAGGAGGUGUCCAAGGAUGUAGUGGCAAGGAAUUCGAGCUAUUGUGUUUGGGUGAAAGAUUAUAAUGAAUUGAAAUCACAGGUUGCGAGAUUCUGUCCUCGGUUUCCGAGUUUAAUGAACGGGGAAGUUGUUCCUUGAUUGUUCCUGCUUAUCCUACGACAACGAUUUGCAGCAGGCUCAUAAUGAAUCUCACUGUUGCUAAGCUUUUGCACCCCUCUUGGUAUAUAGUAUUAACAGGAGUCAUGUAUACAAGAUAAUUUUUGAUCUUACAUAAAGCAGAUGGAGUCCAUGAAGUAUAUAUAUAUAAACAGAAUAGUUAUUCUUUUACUUGUUGAGAGAAACAUUUAUUCCAUAAAAUUAUAAAUAAAGAAGAAAAGUAAUUCUAUAUGCAA